AUGAGUACUCAUGAAAAAGAGGAUGAUUUAAUGACAACAAGCAGUGCUGGUGUUGGUGGCUGCGAGUCGUCGGAACAACACACCGAGAAUGAUAAACAAUAUUUCAAUUCAUAUUUUGAUUGUGGAGUUCAUGAACUCAUGAUUAAAGACAAACCAAGAACAGAUGGAUAUAUGAAUGCCAUUAUUGAAAAUUCACAUGUUUUUAAAGAUAAAGUGGUAUUGGAUGUGGGUGCUGGAACUGGAAUUUUGAGCUUAUUUGCAGCCAAAUAUGGAGGAGCUAAAAAAGUCUAUGCUGUGGAAGCAAGUCCAAUGGCCACUUUCACACAACUUUUUGUUGAACAUAAUGACAUGCAAGAUGUGAUUGAGGUCAUUCAUGGAAAGAUUGAGGAAGUUGAAUUAGGAGUCGAGAAGGUUGAUAUUAUCAUUUCAGAAUGGAUGGGAUUUUACUUGUUGCAUGAGGGAAUGCUAGAAUCAGUAAUUUAUGCAAGAGACAAAUGGCUGGAUAAAGAACACGGAUAUUUAUUUCCACAACAAGCAAUUAUUUACAUGGCUCCAUGUGAAAUGAACAAUCUCUAUAAGGAAAAAAUUGAUUUUUGGGGAGAUGUGUAUGGCUUUGACAUGAGCGCAAUCAUGCCCAUGGCCAUGUAUGAAUUAGCAGGAAAGCCUAAGGUAGACGUUAUUUCUCCUUCUCAACUUUUAAUCAAGAAUCCCAUUGUGGUUAAGGAACUAGAUUUAAAAACUGUUACAAAAGAUGAUUUGAAAUAUAUUGAUUGUGAAUGUCAUAUCACCAUUGACAACAUCACCGAUGAAUCUGCUCAACAAUUUGUUCAUGGAUUUUGCAUUUGGUUUGACGUAAUAUUCAUGCCAAAAACAGUCAUUCUCUCCACAUCGCCUUUUACUCCAGCUACUCAUUGGAAACAAACCAUCAUGAUGUUACCACAACCUCUACCAAUACCUUCUUCAAAAAAGCUUCCAAAAACCACAUUGGUGAUGACUCCAAGUGAUUCCAAUGAAAGACAUUAUGAUUUAUCACUUGACAUUCCAGAUGCUUUUAAAGAAAAUGAAUUGGAGGAAGAGGAGUUAGAUUUAAAGGAAAUUAUUAUGCGUCAAUAUGAAGCAGAAAUGGAAGAUGAAGAAGAUGAGUAG